UUUAACAGCUUGAGGUUGAAAACAUCUUUUAAUUUAAAGUAAGAAGAAAUUCAAUGACUAUUCCUUUCCCUCGUUAUUUAACAGACUAUAAUCGAACUGUUGUAACAUUAUCUGAAUUUUCUGCAGUGCUCCCCGACACAGUACUGCAAACGUGUUGGCUCCUAUGAUAGCCCAGGCAAGAGUGGCAUCCACGGGCAUUCGCAGGUCAAGAUCUGCAGUGUUUACGGAGGACUUUCCUCACAGAGGAACUCCUGCUCGUCGUACUAUCUGCCAACCGAACUACCAACAUCGUGUAAUUCCGCAAUACCAGGAGCCGCCAAUGUCAUCAUGGGAGCCUCUACUGCCCCAGAACCGCAACUUGGCAGUGAUUCCACCCAACGCUCGGCCCCGACCUCACCCCAGACCAGAACCUUUGCCUCCCUCUCCCAAUAAGGGCUCCUGGGCUACUCUGCCAGCCUCCACCCCUACAAACACUCUCUUCUUGUCUGGACUCUUCCUGAUAUUCGCCAGCACUAUCAACUGUCUCUUGUGCUUCUACCUACUUGCCAAGAAAGGAAGGCACUACUACAUCGACCUGGCAGUUAUGUCUGGCUUUGCAAUGUUGGUGCUCGGCUAUGCAGCUGUGCGCACUGGCCGCUGGGACUGGGUCUUCAAUCGCAACUAUCUUGCAGGUUACAUGGUGUUGAGCAUGCUAGAUGUGCUGUUGUGUGGAGUGCUAGGUCUACUAGCCAGUGACUGGAGACCACCAGAGGUUGCAUCAGUUGCCAUGUGUUACAUGGUGUUGAGCAUGCUAGAUGUGCUGUUGUGUGGAGUGCUAGGUCUACUAGCCAGUGACUGGAGACCACCAGAGAUGCCAGAGAUUGUAGAGGUGGCAUCAGGGGCCGUAUUUGGACUAUCAGCACUUAUGUUGCUUCUGGCACUCAUACUGUGUGCCUCUUCAUGUUGCAAACAUCCACCACCAGAUAACAGGGUUUCUCACAGUGUCCCUAGCCUUAUUGUAUAGUGAUUUAUAAGUGUAGCUUACUAUUAAAAAAUAUAACAUGUGCAUUUAUAGUAGU